AUGGCUGAUAUAUUCCAAGCAAUCUCUGAAGAUAAUCUUGAAAGGAUGCAGGCAUGCAUCACAGAAGGCACUGAUGUUAACAAACCUGGUCCAAAUGGAUUAACGCCUUUGAUGCACGCAUGUCAAGAAGGAAAGGAUAAGUGUGUAGCUGCUUUGAUCAAAGCGAAAUCCGAUGUUCAGGUGCAAGCAGCUGGUGGUUUGCAAGCAAUCCAUGUUGCUGCUGCUGCAGGCCAGGAUGCUUCAAUUCAAGCUCUUCUUAAGGCUGGUGCCCAAGUAAACAAUCAAGAUGCUGCAGGAAUGACACCAUUACACCAUGCUGCUAAAAACAAUCGUAAAAAGACAUGCGAUUUACUUAUUAGAUCGAAAGCAACUGUUAAUAUGCCAGAUGCAGAAGGAAAUACACCACUUCUUACAGCUCUUAUUGCUGGCUCAGCUGAUGCAGUCCAAUCCUUCAUCAAAGCAGAUGCAACUGAUUUAACAGUGCAAAAUAAGAAGCAACAAACACCAGCGCAUUUCCUUGCUGCUAUGGGUAACAUUGCUUUACUUAAGUCUCUUGCCAAGAAAGGUCUUAACUGGAAUGCUCAAGAUGAUCAAGGUCGUACUCCAGUUGAGCUCUGUGCAGAUUCCGGCAAUGCUCAAUGCUUCGAAUUCCUCCUUACAAAGCUUGGUGGCGAUCCAAGUGUUACAAAUGCUGCAGGAGAAUCUCUUGCUCAUAUUAUUUCAGCGAAAGGCCAUGCUCCUCUCCUUGGUAUCCUCAAAGCCUCCGGUGGUAAUGUUGAUAGUGAGGAUGCAAAUGGCUGCCAUCCAAUCCAACAAGCCGCUGCAUCAAAUUCUGUUCCAGUUAUUGAAGCCCUCAUCAAACUCAUGGCUCAGGUCAACUGCGCAGAUGGCAAAGGCGAUACUCCAAUUCAUUAUGCCGCCGCUAAUGGGGCUGUUGAAGCUGUUGAGUGUCUUGUCAAUUCCGGUGCAGAUAUCAAUGCCAAAAACAAAGCCGGCGAAACAGCUCUUCAUGUUGCUGUCACAAAAGGAGAUUGCAAGAUGAUCAACGCUCUUUCAGAUAAGAACAUCGAUGUCUCUCUCCGCGACAACAACGGUAACACAGCACUCCAUCUCGCUAUUCCUUUACAUAACACAGAAGUUAUCAACACAUUGAUUGGAAUUUCUGUUCCACCAAACUCCCAGAACAACGACAAUAUGACAGCUCUCCACCUUGCAGCAACUCUUGGAGAUGUAGAACUUGUCCAGAACCUCAUCAAGGCUGGAGCAGAUGUUGAUAUGAAGAACAAUGACGGAGAAACACCAUUAGAACUCGCUUCCGCUGUUGGCGAUGUUCCUGUUGUCAAAGCAUUAAUUGAAGCACGUGCUGAUGUUAAUUCUAAGGAUGGACAAGGAAUGGCCCCAUUGCAUAAAGCCGUCCAGAACAAUCAAGUCGAAGUUAUCAAGUGCUUGAAGGAAGCCAAUGCAAAUAUUAAUGCUAAAACAGGAGAUGGAGAAACACCUUUAAUCAUUGCAACAAAGAUGAAGAAUGUUGAUUUGAUUACAAUGUUAAUUGAUAUGGGUUGCGAUGUAAAUAUCGGUGAUAUCAAUGGAACAACACCAUUACAUUAUGCUUGCAAGUUAGAUCUAACUAAACCAGCCUUGCAACUUAUCGAGAAAGGAUCAGACAUCAUGGCUAAAGGCGAAGGAAACAAUACUCCUUUGCAUUUUGCUUCAUUGAACAUGAACAAACAACUUGUUGAAGUUUUGAUCAAGAAAGGAGCAAAUGCAAGAGAAAUGAAUUCAGAAGGAAGAACUCCUUUGCAAGGAAUUAGAUUAACAUUUGCAAAGUUCAUGAAGCAGUUGAUGGGAGAAGAUAAAGGUGAUAAGAAGGAAGAUAUUAAGAUCGAUGUUUCAGAAGUAUUAAAUCAGAGUGGCGAAAAAUUAGAAACACAAACAGAACUUAAAGAUACAUUCUGUUUGUUAUGCAGAAGAAGAGCUGCAACUGCUGCUUUGCUUCCUUGUGGACAUCUUUGCAUUUGCGAUGCUUGCCAACAUGAAAGAUUGGCUACAUUAAAGCAAUGUCCAAUUUGCAAGAAAGAUAUUUAUGGUGCUUGUGCUAUUUUCUGUGAAAACUAA